AUGAAUGAAACGAUGAAUGUUUCGCAAACAUUGGAUACUAAUGAUUGGAUAACCGAUGAAUUGCCAGAAUUGUUGUUAAGGAAUAUAUUGAUUGCAUUCAGUUAUUCAUUGAUUGUUUUUAUAUCACUUUGUGGUAAUCUUCUCGUCUGUAAAACAAUUUGCACCAAAACUACCCGCAACUCAACUAACAUUUUGAUAGCAAAUCUGGCGUUUUCUGACAUUUUGAUGACUAUAUUUAACAUACCAUUCACUGUUGUGGACAUCCUAUUAACCGAUUGGAUAUUUGGUCAAUGGAUGUGUUUUUUGGUACCUUUUAUUCAGGCGUGUUGUGUCUAUGUCUCUGCUUUUACAAUGGUUGUCAUUGCUGUCAAUCGUUGGCAAUCCAUAUAUCAGACCAAAUAUCGACAGCGCAACCAAAGCAUUGACAACAUUUGGUCCAAACUGAUCGCUGUUAUUGUUAUAAUAUGGAUCUUAGCGGCCAUUCAUUCAAUACCACAUACUGUCUUCAAUGGAGUCGUUUUGAUGGAAACGGAAGAUAAUCAAGAAAUCAAAAGGUGUCGAACCAUUCCUCCCAAUUGUUUACCAAACAUACAGCUCUACAUUACAAUCAUUACAUUUGCCACACAAUAUUUUAUACCAUUAUCCAUAUCAGCGGUGGUAUACAUAAGGAUAGGCUUUACAAUGGCUUCUCUGGGAAACGUGUGUUCAGUUGUUAAUGAAGAACAAAGAAAUGAAUUAUCGUAUAAAAAGCGCCGAAGAAUACUAUUAUUAGUACUAAUUGUUACCAUUUCAUGUUUACUACAUUUUAGCUGA